GGAGAGCAAGCUCGAGUCGAAAUCUCGCGAAGCUACACGGUAGUCUCGUAGUGAGAUAGAUUGUCGUUCUGUCAAAAGAUUCUGGGAGCCUCAUCGAUGGUGACUGGGAAAGCAAGCGAAGUGGCUCCGCGAUAGGGUGUGAUGGCCCCUUACUACAAGAGGAUACUAGUAAUACUGUUUACUUUUCAAGGACUUCUUAUAACAAGUGCUUUUAAUGAGGAUGGGGAUGUACCUGAAGAAUGGAUUCUCCUGCAUGUAGUUCAAGGUCAGAUUGGUGCUGGAAAUUACAGCUACUUGAGACUAAAUCAUGAAGGGAAAAUAGUGCUUCAGAUGCAGAGUUUAAAAGGUGAUGCAGACUUGUAUGUAUCUGAUGUAACUCUUCAUCCCAGUUUUGAUGAUUAUGAAUUACAGUCUGUAACUUGUGGUCAAGAUGUGGUUUAUGUGCCAGCACACUUUCGUCGCCCAGUGGGAAUUGGAAUUUAUGGUCAUCCCUCUCAUUUGGAAAGUGAAUUUGAAAUGAAAGUGUACUAUGAUCAAACAAUUGUAGAAUCUCCAUUUGGUGGUGGCUCAUACAAUCCAGAAGAAAUGAAAAUGAACCAGAAGAAGUUUCAUUCAACAGAAGAUGAGUAUCAAGAUGAGGAAUCAGUCUUUUGGACUAUAUUGAUUGGAAUACUAAAAUUAAUACUUGAAAUUCUCUUUUAGAUUUAUAGCUUUGGGUGUGAGCAAUCUGUACAAAUGAUUGAAUGCUGUUUUAAACUGUGGAUCGGAAAAUAAAGCCAUAAUUAUUUUUAUAAUGUAAACUUUCCCCAGUGCUAUAUUGUAGCAGGCACAGUAUUUGUAUGGUUUUCUCUUAACUGAUCAGGGUGAAUACUAAUGGAUGCUACAAUUCACUGUGAUUUUCAAUAAAACUUCAAAAUUGUAGAAAUAUGAAUUCAUGCUCAGUAUUUCAUCACAUUUGUUAAUAUAUUCACAAAUAAUGUUAUAUAUCUAUAUACCUAUAUUAAGAUAGAUGUAAGACUAUCUUCUUUGGCCAAAAUAGAAAUACUUACAUGAGAAAGAUUUGAAGAAUGAAUUCUGGAAAAGACUUCAUCUGCUUUUCCAACCACCACUAAAAUCUAUUUUAAAUUGAAGCAACCUGAAUACAGAAUUACUUAUAAGUAAGCAUGAAGAUUUCAAACGUGAAAUAUUGAUGUUAGAAUUUUUAGCCCAUUAAUUUCAAAUCAUUUUCCACAGUGCAAGCGCAUCUAUAUCGACUUAAAAUCAUGUAAUUAUAGAUUCAUAGUUAUCACCUACUAGGAAGUACCAUCCUACUGGCAGCUUUAGGGAACAAUACCUGAACUUCCUUGUUCCAGAAUUCCUCCAAGUUCUAUGAGAUCACUGGAAAGGUAGAAGCUGAAAUGUUUUGCAAAUGAAUACGAUAUGUUCUGAAUAAAUGCCUUGAAGAGGAAAAAUACUAGAAAAAACUAUUAUACUACCAGGAAAGAAGUAAGGGAAAAGAAAGGACUGGGAGUUGAAAUUUUUGCCAAAUCUACAUUAAUUUCAGGGAACUGUUUAGCAAACCAUUCAUUACAUUACACUAGAAACUAAAUCACUUAUCACUGUAUGGAACACUAGUAUGUUUCCAAAACUGACUUGUUCUCUUAAGACCUUGGCAUGCAUUCAUAUUCAUUUUCUGGUCUUGGCAUAUAGAAGAAAUGAAAGAUUAGAAGAGUAUCAAUAAGAAAUUAGUAGAAUGACAAUUCUGUGUUUUUGUUCUAAAGUGUGUGACAGCUAUCUAGACAGCUGGAAUGGCCAGACUCCUUUUAUUAUUAUUAUUAUUAUUUAUUCGAUUUUUAUACCGCCCUUCUCCCGAAGGACUCAGGACUCCCGAAGGACUUUUAGACGGAAAGAAACGAGAAUUAUUCAAGAUUCAGUUGACUUGAGUUCACUUGACUUAAAUUAAGUUUGGUUCCUACAAUACACUUUAAUUUCACAAUAAUAGCAUCAUAUUCAAACAAAUAAGAUGCUAAUUGAUUAUGCAAGAAACCUGUAUACUUAGUGAAGUGUUUUAUUUUGUGAUUUAGAGAGAAUUGUUACUCUACUAAUACUCUUGAAUUUAAUAAUAUUUUCCUUGAAUAGGGUGGAGGACAAAAGUAAUUACUCUGCAAUUGUUUUUUAUAAAAAUGAUGAUUAUGCAGAACAAAAUCUAUAAGACAAAUUAUAAAAAUACAUAAUACAGAUAUGUUCACCUCUGUCUUUAAUGCAACAAAAGAUACUGAAUAACCUUCCUCACCAUGUUAAAAUUAAAAAGAGUUUUAUUUGGUGAAA